AUGUUCAGGAAGAUUAAUAAUGUGUUCCGUCCCAACCAUCACGGACACAGAAGGCGGGAUAAUGGUGGAGGUGGUGGGUUUCAAUCCGAGCAGGACUACCACAACGCCUGCACCGUCCGGCUGGUCCGCAGCACCUCCAUGCUGGUGGUGGGAGAGAGGACUCAGGCAGCCGCGGGCUCCACUUUAAAACGGAGCAAAAGCACGGUGAGCAUCGAGUCGACCUUGUACUAUUAUCAGAGACAAGAGGACAGGAUAUGGCUCUACUCUCAGAAUCAGAACUGCCUGGAGUACCUGGAGGCACUUGUGGCUUUGAGGCGGCAAUACACAAAGAGUGUGAGUGACUUGAAAAGCAACGACACCAAGGCCACAGUCUCCAAUAAGAAGAAGCCUGCGCCCCCGCCGCCUAAAAAGGAAGAACCGAUAUCAAGGGCCAAACCCUCUGCCCCUCCAGUCCCCGACGAGGAGGACACUUUGCAGUUCUUUGAUGCGGUCAUCGCCAGCUGCGACAGCGAGCCUCUGCGCAAACCUUACACUGAUGAUGGACACGCAGAUGUGGACUUCAUAGUGGCCUCCAGCUCAGCCGAACACGACCUCCACUCUAACUGGGUCUUGCGGGUUCCUCGGGUCGCAGGUGACUCCAAGCAGAAAGCGGUUCAUGACUGUGCCAAGGAAAGCGUCCCGAAGAAGAAAAACCAGAGCGGGUCCACAAGCAGCAGACUGCGGCUGCAGAGGAACCCGAUCCAUCUGCCCAAAGUGGUCGAGAGCGCAUUCCAGACUCUUCGCUUCAAGCCCAAAUUAAAAAAGCAGUGAAGCUUGAUAGACAUUUGAAACCAGCCGCACUGCCACACUGCUGACGUAGAGGUCAAUUUAGUUUGUUUGGACACCAUGCACGGCUAAAAAUCCAUCCAGCCAAUUCAUACUUGCAUAAAACAUUUAAAGGGAUUUUAAUAAAGUAAAGUUUGAAAACAACAAAA